GAGGUUUGGCAUCUGACCGGAAAUUGUUUGGAUCUGGAGGUAAACGCUGCCGGGAGAUGCUGCCGUCAUAAACAGGCAGAUGAAAAUACAGAAUAAUCUCACUGAAACAGCCCUGACAGGGACAGUAUUCAGCUUGAACUAGUAUGGAUGUUGAAGACUGCAAUGUCCCGUCUUGCAUUUCAGCUAGUGGAGACUCUUCAAUGGAAAGAGAGUUUUCUGGGGCUCUUGGAGGAGCAACAGUGAGCACCCCAAACAGCAAGGAUACCUCCCCUAGUCGCUCACUCAGUGCCAACUCCAUUAAAGUGGAGCUGUACAGUGAUGAAGACCCAGGCCGCAGUACUGAAGAUGAAAGAGGGGAGCGGCUCGAAGAAGGGGGUCCUGAUCUGGGAUCUGAGGCUGUUGGAGGCUACAGGGAGCUCACCAAUCCUGAAUCCAUGCAAGCUGGAGCCACCAGACUUCCAAAUGGAAAGCUCAAGUGUGACAUCUGUGGAAUGAUCUGCAUUGGCCCUAAUGUUCUCAUGGUGCACAAACGCAGCCAUACAGGUGAGCGACCAUUCCAGUGUAAUCAGUGUGGCGCCUCCUUCACUCAAAAGGGUAACCUACUCCGCCACAUCAAGCUGCACUCAGGGGAGAAGCCCUUUAAAUGCCCCUUCUGCAGCUAUGCGUGUAGAAGAAGAGACGCGCUCACUGGCCACCUUCGCACUCAUGCCGUAUCCUCUCCAACUGUAGGGAAGCCUUAUAAGUGCAGUUAUUGUGGCCGCAGUUACAAGCAGCAGAGCACCCUGGAGGAGCACCGCGAGCGCUGCCACAGCUACUUACAGAGUCUGGAGUCACAGCAGCCCUCCAGUGCGCAUAAUACAGGAGAGGAGAUGAGAGAGCUAGAGUUUAUACCAGACGCUCUACUGCAACCCUCCUCAGACAAGAUGGCAUUUAUCGAUCGUCUUGCCAACAGCAUCACCAAACGCAAGAGAUUCACACCUCAAAAAUGUGUAGGACAGAAGCUCAUACACCUCAACCUUGCAGAUGCACCUUAUGAGCUCGGCACUGGUUUGGAUAAAGACGGGGAGAUGCACGCGGAGGACUACGAAACCAGACACUUUACUCAUCUGGGAGGAGAAUACACAGGUGUAGAAGGUAAUGGAGGAGGAGGGGUGUCGGACACACUGAGGCCUCUACACCUUCCCACCACUCACCCCUCAUGUUUAACAGAACUCAGGCCACUCCACAGCUCCGUGGCUCUGGGCGCCAGGCUGGACUGCACGGGGACUGGAGCCGGGCUGAGAGCUGCAGGGGUCGGGGGGAGGGAGGCAGCAGAGGGUCACGAAGACCUGCCUGCGGGUCGAAGUCAUGCAGCCUCACCUAGCAAUGGUUGCCAUGACUCUACAGACACAGAGAGCAUGCCAGACGAGCCCUGCAACAGUACCGCUCCAGCCCUGCACAGCAACAAUGGCCAUCAUCUCCCUCACUCCAAAAACCACCACCCAGCGCCUCCUCUGGGUUCACAUCGCAGGAGGCAGGACAGUCCCAGCCGCGCCAAAGACCGGGAGGACGGAGCUCUCCUACCUCCUGCCCUCGCUCCAACCCCAAGCUCACCCACCGCGCCGUCCUCCACCUCUACAGAGGCGUUUCGAGUUGUAGACGGGGAGGGAAGAGCUGUGCGCUCUUUUCGUUGCACGCACUGCCGUGUGCUUUUCCUGGACCAUGUCAUGUUCACCAUCCACAUGGGCUGCCACGGUUUUCGCCAGCCUUUCGAGUGUAACAUCUGUGGACACCGCAGCCAGGACCGCUAUGAAUUUUCUUCACACAUCGUCCGAGGAGAGCACAUUCUUGACUGAGGACAGAGGAUGGUCAGCCUGCUUCAUCUAGAGAUAUUUUUACACUGAGACAAGGACCUGGCUGGGUUUGGUCUGCACACGGGUUAAAGGAGACGCUAAAUACAUGAAACUGAUCUGAGAAUUUCAAAUAGGCGCUGGUACUCAAACGCAUAUCCCAGGAUUAAUGGUCAGCUCAUAUGUGUGUUUUCUAACACUAUAAGCGUGGUCCUUUGUACUGUAAAUGCACUUUGAUCAAUUAAUCAAUUUAAAAAGCACUUUUAAUUCCUUGUAGAUAAUGAGACAAUGCACUUUUUUAUCCGCAGAUGUGCCUUGCUCCAAAGUUCAGGAUUCAAACCUGAUGCACAAAUUACAAUAUACCAAUCUGGCUUUUGUCCAUAACCUGAAAAGUCCCUUCUCGUGCACUUUAACAGCUCAAUAAGAAGUGAAUAGGCUCACCUACAAUAGAAUCUGUAGAAAGGUCAAUGCCUUGUACUAAAAGCACUUAUUUAUUUAAAUGAUUCCCUUACAAAUGUUAAGUUCUACAGAGUUUUUACAACUUGGGGUUGCCUCAUUAAAUGCUUUUUAUAAUAUAAAAAAGUGCAGACCAAACUCAAAAACCAGGUCCAAGUCGAAUAGAGGAUUUUGAGGGGUUGUCCGUGAAUAAGAAAUGCACUUUUGUUUUUAACAGGGUGGGACAGAUGGAACUGAGUGUGUGUGUGUUUGUGUGUGUGUUUUUGAGAUGGUGAUAUGACAGAACCUGUGGUUUAUGGAAGUUAAUUGAAUGAGUAAGGUAGAAAAUGAAGGCCUUUGUGUGAAUGCCGUGUGGCACAAUGUACGAAAUGUUUUAGUUUUUUCUCUUCUAUUACUGUUUUUGUUGCACUGAUACCUGCCAGAAUACUUUAAUUAUAUUAAACUAUUUUAUUGAAUACAUUAAUGACCUGCACAUUUCUCUAAAUGAGAAAAAAAGGUUUUUCCCCCUCUGGGAAAGGAGUACGAGUAUCACUGCCACCAUUUUAGAGAUUACUGAAUAGGUUCUUAACAAGUCUUUAACAUUUGCUUUUACAUCAAACUGCACACCAACACAAAUCUAUUUAUAUUUUCUAAUUAUUUUUGAUGUUUUUAUCUUAUUGUAUUGUGCCUUUCUUCACCUUGAUCAUAUCUUGUUGACCAGAAUCAUGUCGGAUCAUUGUUGGUGAUUUUAAAUAACUUAAGUUACAAAAUAAAAUUCCUUAUUCAAGUUUU